AUGUCGAGUACUACCGAAUCUCGUGACAGCCUGUCGUCCUUGUUCCGAAUUGAGCAACUUCGCGAUGACAACUGGCUCCCAUGGAAGCGCCAUACUAUGGCGAUCUUGAGGGAGCAUGGUGUCUUGAAAUAUGUCGAUGGAACAUCGGAGAAGCUGAAGCCAGCAAAUGCAACAACACCAACGGCAGGAGAAACGGCGGCGAUCACGAAAUGGGUUGAGGGCGAUCAAAAGGCCCAGACCGUUAUCGAGCUGCUGUUGAGCGACUCGCAGAUGAUACACAUUGCGGACGCUACAAUGGCUGCGGAGAUGUGGAACCAAUUGAAGUUAGUAAAGGAGGCGAGUGGACAACUGGGGAUAAUGGCGUACCGAAGGAAAUUCUAUCGCACAGUUGCCACGGAAGGCAGCAAUAUUGCAGCGCAUAUCACGGAGCUCCGCCGGACACAGGAGCAGCUACACAUGAUGGGUAGCAAGGUGUCGGAUGACGAAUUUCGAACGAUCCUGAUCACAUCGUUACCGGAGUCUUGGGACCAGUUCACAUCUGCGUACCUGGGUGCAACAAGCCAGAAGGACAAGUUGCCGACAUCGCAUGAAUUGAUAGCCAUCUUGCUCGAAGAAUACUGGUGCCGGCGAGAGAAAGGCAGUGUUGACGAGUCUGCACUGGCAGCACGUGGGUGGUGGACCCAGCCGAAGAAUACCACACAGGGCGGAAUGGACAGGAAGUCCGACACGGAGUGCUGGAAUUGCCAUAAGCGUGGACACACUCAACAUGAGUGUUGGUCGAAAGGCGGCGGCAUGGCAGGUCAGGGACCGCGAAGCAAGAAAGGCGGCCGUGCGCAGGCGCGCACGAACCAGGCACAGUCAACGAACAAUGUGCUGCGAGAUGUCCCGUUCCGCACAGACGAGGCGACCUGUGCCGGGCAACAAUUUAGUAGUCAGUUCUCGCGUUAUGACUGGCUAGCUGACUCUGGAAUGACAUCACAUGUUACGAACCUUCGUGAUGCGAUGACAGACUAUGUGCUGCUUGAGGCCUCGUCGAUUGCCGGGAUCGGAGACCAGAGUGUGCGCGCUCUCGGGCGUGGCACUGUGGAAGUCAAUAGCAGGAUCAGAGGCAACACAUGUACUUUUCGCUUGAAAGAUGUCCUGUACGCACCGAAAGCGACAAAUAAUUUGGUGUCACUGAGCCGCCUGGAUGAAGCGGGCGGACACUUUGAUGGCGGUGCCGGAGGAAUAAUGCUGCGAGAAAGCAGCGGCCACAUCAUUGCGCAAGGCCGAAAAGUCGGCCGAUUGUACUUGCUCAACAUGCGGGCCAAGGCUGCUAUGCCGAGUGAAGAGCGCGCGAACAUUGCGCGCGACGAUAGCGACUCGUGGGAGUCGUGGCACCGGAGAUAUGGACACCUGGGAUUCGCAGGAUUAGAGAAGCUCUACAAGGAAAACUUGGUGGAGGGACUCACCGUUGAUGAAAACUCGAUGCCACUGACACAGUGCGAAGCCUGCAUUCAAGCCAAACACCAUGCAUAUCCGAAGGAGGCAGAGGACCGAACUCAGAUGCCAGGUGAGCUGACGCACAGUGACAUCUGGGGCCCUGCACGUAUAGCGUCGAUUGCCGGAUCGCGAUACUACAUAUCGUUCACGGACGACUGCACACGGAGGUGCCAAGUACUGUUUAUGAAGCAUAAGAGUGAGGCUUUCAAGAAAGUCAAAGGAUACCUCACCUUUAUUGAACGACACUUCGGGCACCUGCCGAAGAUAUUGCGCGUCGAUAAUGGGUCCGAAUACAUUAAUAAGGACCUGAAGGGAUGGUGCCGUGAGAAGGGAAUUGAGCUGCAAACAACAGCACCAUACUCACCUUCGCAGAAUGGUGUAGCUGAGCGAUUUAAUUGCACGCUAUUGGAGCUUGCUCGUGCAAUGUUGAUUGUGAGGAAGCUUCCAAACUUCCUCUGGGCGGAAGCUGUUGCAUAUGCAGCAUACCUGCGAAAUUGA